ACUGAAUGCUGAGGAAAUAGUCUUUCAGGAAUCUAUGGACGACGAUGAGCAGUUACUGGACUACGCUAUUACGUAGAAACUCUAGUAUUAAACCUUUUUUUAGUAUCUAUUAUUAAACUUUUACUAGUAUGAAACUUUUUCUAGUUAGGUCGGCUCCACCACAAGUAUUAAGUAGAAACUCUAGGAGUGUAGAAUCUCUCUCUUCCUAAGACUUUUAAUUGGCUUCUGUCUUCAAAUGAUUUCCGGACGUCUUCUUGCAGGUACCACGCACCUUUACUAAAUUUUGCAACUAGAAUUUCCGUAAAGUGUUUCCUUUUCAACUCCUUUUCCGUUUACUCAUCUUAUGCUGUCUGGGCCUCAGGAGUGAUAGAUUAUAAGGCAAUCCACACGACAGAUAGUACUUCGUGUGUGCUGAGGCUCUUUCUUUUUACUUUCUCCUUUUUAGGUAGGUGCCGCGGCCUUGCACCUUUCUAAUUUGACACCUGAAGAGGUCGAUGCGGUGGAGCAUACUUCCACUAUGGACGAGCGCAAGUCCACAAACUACGCAAAUGCUACUUUUCUGGAGCAUAAUUCCAACGCCAAUGUUACUUUUCUGGAGUACCACGAUGCAGGUGGAGCACCAGAUGGCGGCUCAGGAGCGGAGGAUUCUUCUACAGGUUAA